AUGAGUUGUAAUUUGAAAAUGUCUGUUACUGCUCGAUAGGUGACGAAGAGUGAAGUCGUAGGGAAGCUAGAAUGAGUACAAGCGAUCGUUUCACGCCGUCGUCUUGUAGCGGGGCCCCACUGAGCAACGACUCAGACCGACCGCGUCACAGGCAGCGACGCUCGAGCGACAGAAGCGACGUUUUUGGGACGCGGGGUGACAAUAACAGACCUAAAGUCGGAACUGAUGAACAAAAGUCAACUGAACGAGCAACUGCAAGCAGACUACGACGAAACUCUUCAAAGAUUAGCCGAAGCCGAGCCAACAAUCGACCAACUGAGAUUCGGAGUGCAGACAGAAGUGAGGAAGACGGUCUACUACACGCUGAAAGAGAAGAAUCAACGCAGAGAGUCGAGAGAAGGAGAGAGACGGAGUGAGGGUCCAGUUACCAUGGCAACAAGAAAGUCGACCAACCAAACGACGGGACGUGAGCGGUCGCUCAGUUCGUCAGAGGAUGUGAUCAGCAUGUCGACUGCUACACGCGGUCAGAGGGCAAACGUGGAGAGGACACAGUACAUUGAAGUGAAUGUAGAAAUUAUAGUAACAAUGAUAUUUACUAUUGCUCCAGUGUACCAUACUGUAUGUGAAUAAUUUAUGUUUUCUAAUUUAAUUAAAUGA